AUGUUGCAUUUUCUUCUCAGAACAUCGGUGCUUGCUGGAGCCGUCGCCGGCCACCCGAUUAGGCGCUUACCCGACGCUGAGUUUGGCGUUUCGGCGCAUUCCGACCGGCCCCGAACCGGCUCUGCCGUUUUUGUCGUUUCCAUCGUUCUUCUUUCUGUUCUGGCGUUCGCUGUGCUAGUUGCCGUAACCACUUGCCUUGUGGUCACACGAAGGCGGCGGCGCGCGCUUGUUGGCCAGGAGGACGAUAACCAAGCGUACCUUGAGCUCAAUCUGGAAGAGCAGGAACUCUAUUUCCAGUCUAAAGAGUACCUCGAGGCCAACCCCUACUACCGGGGCGAGUUGACGUUGUCACAGAAUCUUUCCAUCCAGGAAAAGGGCAUCCGUGCGUGGGAGUUUGUGAAGGAUGCUAUGCUCACGUCCAACGAUUUGCUUAUUGUGAACAAGUUUGAGCUCAAUUUUUUCAAAAACUUUGAGUGCUCGACACUGACCAAUCUCCCCAUCCCCACGGCCAACGACGUGUACUACUUUGAGAGUAAGAUCUACUCCUUGCCCGAUCCCGACUCGACCUUAAUAUCUAUAGGCAUGGGCGUCAAGCCGUAUCCGUGGUUUAGAUUACCCGGAAGACACAUGCAUUCCAUAAGCUACGACAGCGAUGGAUACAGACGCCACAACCAGCCUUUUGAGUUUAAAAACGACCCGCCGUUCCCAAAGCUUAUUGAAGGUGACGUUGUUGGUAUUGGCUACCGAGUAAACUCAGGCACUGUCUUCUUCACUCGCAACGGAAAGAAGUUGAGCGAGCUGAAAAUCGGCGGCCACAUUAAAAACUUCAAGAUCCCACAGCAUGGCCAGCUCUACCCCAUCAUUGGUGCCAACAACCUUUGUUCUGUGCACGUGAACAUUGGCCAGCUCGGGUACGUUUUCAUUGAGGGAAACGUGAGAAAGUGGCGGUUUGCGCCUUUGGAAGGUAACGGCCCAGCGCCUCCUGCCUACCAAAAGUUCAAUGCAGACAUUUUGCUUGAAAGAUCGGAGAUUGACGAGGAUAACGACUUGGCCGACCGCAUAAAUGAUUUCCCGCCCGAUUUCUGGGACGUCAACGCAGGAAGGAGCGAGGAUCUACUGGAACUGGGCAAAUUCAGUUACAAUGCCUACAGUGACGCAUCUGACGAUGAGCGAAUCACAAUGAAUAGCUUGAUUCCCCACGAACCUCCAGGGUACGAUUCGGACGGUCUAAGUGCAGACUCGGACGAACAAGAGCCACUGCUGCUGCAUUCGCGGUUAGAACCGGAAACGGAGGAAAACGUGGCCAACCACGAGAGUGAAGGACCUGAGCCAGCAAUAGACAGCAGUGCUGAAAGACCCGAGUCCCCGCUUCAUGAUUUCGCUACGAACCUGCAACGUAAACAUCCGGAAGCAGAGAAUAUGAAUACGAACGCCGGGAGCGGAGAAAACCCCGCGGUUGAUCUGCUAGGGAACCGGACAACGGACCCAGUUUUGGAAGACCAGGCUGCGGAGAGCCAGACAAAGGACCCAGCCCUGGAGAGCCACACAAAGGUCCAUACAAAUGUAGAAGACCGGCCAUCGGACUCGGAAAAUGCCGGAGAGCAAAGUGGCGGUUUACGAGACUCAAGUGGAACACACACCGAAGGAUAA